AGUGAACGAAUGACCGUCAACUUUUCAGGUCGGUAGACAUUUUGUUAGCAAGUUAGCUAAAUAAACUGGUGUUUGAUUAAUAGACAUUUCUUACAGUGUAGUGACUGUCAAAAAAGGCAUUUCUCGCUAUGUGGUACGAAAUCCUCCCCUGUCUCGGCGUUAUGACCGCUUGUCUCAUCAUUCCUGGGAUUGCAACUGCACAGAUUCACAAAUGGACUAAUGGGGGGAAGGAAAAGAGAAUAGCCCGGGUUCCGUACCAGUGGUAUUUGAUGGAGAGAGACAAACGAGUGUCAGGAGAGAAUUGUUAUCACAAAUCGAAGGGUCUUGAGAACAUCAACUGAAAAUCACACGACACACCUCUGGAUUGGAUUUCUAAUCUGACAUUUGUUGUACAUAAAUAAAUUAAACCUAUGCCGUAUUU